CUCAACUCUCCUCGCACAUCAUCCCCUACCCGCCUUCCCGUGUCCUUCCCGUCACACCCUCCGCACAUCUCCCUCCUGCCCCGACCCCCGCCCACAGCUGAUGUGGCGGCUGAGCCGCAAGCAGCAGCUGCGCGACUCCCUCCCGCAGCAGCCAGCAGCAGCAGAAGCGGCCCUGCUGCCCUGGUGGGGGGUGUCAGCAGUGGCGGUGGAAGGCGACGACCUGCAAGGGUUGUCGGAUGACGAGCUGUAUGCGCUGCAGGUGCUGCAGCAGGCGGAGGGCGGGCGCAUGCUGGUGGGGGAGAUGCGUGAGGAUGUGGUGCGGCAGCUGUACUGCCGCCACCUCGUAUACCUAGACGUGCCCGUGCUGCCCUCUGACCGCGUGCAGUGUGAGUGGGAGGCCUCUGUACGGAUGCUGCCUCUGGAUGGCUUUGUGUCCAACCGCAACACACAGGGCGCCAGGGACAUGGAGAAGCUGUUCUACGACCUGCUAGUGGCAGCGAGUCACACCACCACAGUGGCAGCGCUAGCGGACACGCUACAGGUGCCGCUGCACCGCCUGCUGCCCAUCGUCUCCCUCGCCUGCCGUCUGCGCUGGGCCGAAAAGCUCCCCCCGCUCCCCUCCCCCACUCCUGCUUCCUCUGGGCCCCUCCCCUCCCCUCUGCCCAGCCCUCUGCCCGAUCAACUGCCCAGCCCUCUGCCUGAUCACUUGUCUAGCCCCUUGCCGCUGCAUGACACAGAGGAGGCUCCUGUGGCCUCUGUUGUUGUGCCUGGGGAAGCAGACGAGGGAGAGCUGCCUCUCCCCUCCACCUUCCCAACGAGCGCAGACCCCCUGAUCUCCUCACCGCACCUCACCCUCAACCCCAGCUCUUGCAGUAGCAGCAGUGGCAGCAGCGGCGCUCUUGGGAUGGGAGCGGGAGCAGCAGGGAAAGGCGCAGGAGUAGUGGUGGUGGACGGGGCAGCAGCAGCAGCAGCAGCAGCAGCAGCAGCAGCAGCAGCAGCAGCAGCAGCAGCAGCAGCAGCAGCAGCAGCAGCAGCAGCAGCAGCAGCAGCAGCAGCAGCAGCAGCAGCAGCAGCAGCAGCAGCAGCAGCAGCAGCAGCAGCAGCAGCAGCAGCAGCAGCAGCAGCAGCAGCAGCAGCAGCAGCAGCAGCAGCAGCAGCAGCAGCAGCAGCAGCAGCAGCAGCAGCAGCAGCAGCAGCAGCAGCAGCAGCAGCAGCAGCAGCAGCAGCAGCAGCAGCAGCAGCAGCAGCAGCAGCAGCAGCAGCAGCAACAGCAGCAGCAGCAGCAGGGGUAGUUGCCGCGUCUAGUCUGACGGGCGGGGCAGGGACGGAAUCAGUGGGGGGAGCAGUGGAGUCAGGGUGUAUGGGCGGGGCAGUGGGGGAUGGAGCGGAAGGGGUGGCGGCGCAGCGAGUGAGUGUGGCGCUGCUGGUGGAUGCGCGCAUCACGUCGUUCCUCAUGAUGGGGUCCUUCUCCCACGACCUGAAGCGGCACGCAGUGAUGCUGUUUGAGGCGGGCAAGCUGGCAGAGCCGCAGGUGCUGCAGCUGUGGGAGCAGCUGCACCUGGUGGAGCACAGCGCCGACCUCGCAGGGGACCUGCUGCGCCUGCGCACCCUCGCCUCCUGCCUCCGCUGCGCCAUCGCCACCCUGCGCUGCCUCUCCCUGCCCCCCUCCGCUGCAACCUCCGCCUCCCCUGCCGUCCCCACCUCUGCUUCAACUUUUUCCUCCCCUUCUGCUCCUCUCUCCGCCUCCCCCUCCCCUUCCCCUGCUGCCUCUUCCUCUCCUGUCCCCUCUUCUGCUGCUCUAUCUUUGCCCACCUCAAGGAGUAGAGAAGGAAAUUGUGGGGAGGAGGAGGAAGAGGAGAAGGAGAAGCGGAGUGCGUUGGGGAAUGGGAUGGAGAGAGGCGAAGCGGAGGGAGCAGCACAGAUAACUUAUGAGUGCAUUCACAAAGGCAUGGAGGGAAGGCAAGGCCCUGAAUCAGCUGCAUUCAAAGGGAGCACCCUUCCUGUUGCGCCCUAUCCUCCAAAAACUGCUGCUGCUUCUGCUUCUGCUGCUGCUGCUGCUGCUUCUGCUGCUGCUGCUGCUGCUUCUGACUCUGCCACUGCUGCUGGCCCGCUCCCCCUUAUGUCCCACGACUUACCUGUGCCUGCAUUCGCUGAUAGCCACUUGCUUCAAGCAGCAGCAGGAAAAACAGCAGAAGCAGCUUCAACAGCAGCAGCAGCAGCAGCAGCAGCAGGAAUAGCAGGAGCUGCAACAGCUGUCCAAUCAGCAUCGUCUGAGAGUGCCAGAGACGAACCUGAAGCAGCUACCGCUCUGCACCCACCCCUAAUGCAAGGAAUCCCCUCCCCAUCAGCAGCUGGGUUUGCUAGUAUUGCUGCUCCCUCCUCUGUUGACAGUGACACCACUGCAACCGCCAGCACGAUAAGCGGCACUAGCACCAAUAGUGCUGCUGGCAACAGCGCUUCCCUCCAAACCACAUCUCCUACCCUUGACUGCAACACUACCUACCCCACCCCUACCCCUGCACACCGCACACCUCCUCCCACCAUCAUCACCUCUCUGCAAUCCCCACACUCGUCCUCCACCACUCCUCACUCCUCUGCAUCCCCCUCCGGCCCCACAUGGUCCCACCGCCUCAUUACCGCAGCAGAGGCAGCAGGGGCGCGUCUUUCCAGCUCCGUUCCCACCCACCCGCUCCCCUCCCUCUCCGCCCUCUCCUCCUUCUCCUCGCUCUCCUCCCUGCACCUCUACCCGGGCAGCAUCUCCCUUGCGCUGAGCGAGGUGGCAGGGUCGGUGGCAGGGAGCGUGGCAGAGCGGGUGACAGCUACAGCCGACUCCCUCGCUGUAGCGCUCACGCCCAGGGGAAGCAGCAGCAACAGCAGCAGCAGCAGCAGCAGCACCACGCGCAGCAGCAGCGACAAGGGUGUCAGCAGAUCCAACUCUGCUGGCACGCCAAGGCAGCACCAUGUCUCUGCAGCAGCAUCCGCCACUCGUGCUGGAAAAUCCUCUGAAGCCCCUCCUAGCUUGUGCAGCCUCACGCCGGGCACUUCCUCAACUCUUCCUCCUCAUGUGCGGUGUAACCGAGUGGAGAUUAUUCGAGGGGAGAGCCUGGCGAGUCUCUCUCCAUCCAUACGGCAGCGCCUGCUGUCCCGCGACUACCAUGUGAUUGUCUCCGCUCUCCCGCUCCUCCCAUCCGCCAUGCUCUCGCCUCCCUUCCCCGACGCGCUCCGUGAUACCCCUGCCCUCCCUGCUGUGAUCUCUGCUGCCCCUGCUGUAGCUGCAGCAGCAGCAGCAGCAGCAGCACCUUCAGGUGGUGCGGGCGAGUAUGAUUCCACACUACCUGCUGCUGCCAGCAUCUCAUCGCCCAGGAGCCCCUCUGUUGCUCUGCCAACCCACGUGCAAUCCCUAUCCGCUGCAGCAGCUGCAGCAGGGAACCCAGCAUCACCGCCCCCCGCUGCACCAGCAGCACCAGCGGCACAAGCACCAGCACCAGCAGCGGCAACAGCAGUGGUGCACUUCGGAUCCCCCGCUCCUGCCUUCGCCACGCCGUGGCUGAAGCUUCUCCUGUACGUGCUCUCCCGCUGCGCCCCCCCCACCAUCGUUCUUGUGCGCGGGCAGAGGCUCAGGCACCUCCCCUUGGUGCUGCGCACGUGUGAGUGUGCUCUAGUGGGAAUGUGGGAUGGGGGGGACAUUCGCAAGGGGGGCAGGGCAGGCGGGGGAGGAGGGGACGAGUGGUGGGGGGAUGGGGGGGAGAAUGGCGGUGGGGGAGGGGGAGUGGGGUGGGGUGAGGAUACAGUGGGGGGUUUGACGGUGGUGCCUCGGGGUGUGUUGCUGCAUGUGUUGAACACGCUGCUGCUGCGAUCAGCGGUGAUGGUGCAACCUCUUAUGAGCUCGCGCUAUGCUGUAAGGCACAUACCGCUGCCACUCCUCCCCACGCGCAGGCGCGCUGUUGCUUCUGGGCGUGCUGCUGCAGAUCCGACGGAUGGUGCUGCUGCAGGUGCAUGUGGUACUGACAGUGAUGCUAUGGAAGCAUGUGACUUGCUACGUGGGAGGUCAGCAGCAGAAGGAACAGGGGCAAUCGAAACAGGGGCAGCCGAAGCAGGGGCAGCCGAAACAGGGGCAGCCGAAACAGGGGCAAUCGAAACAGGGGCAGCCGAAGCAGGGGCAGCCGAAACAGGGGCAGCCGAAACAGGGGCAGCCGAAACAGGGGCAGCCGAAACAGGGGCAGCCGAAACAGGGGCAGCCGAAACAGGGGCAGCCGAAGCAGGGGCAGCUAACACGGACCAAGAAGGUGUGGUAUGUGGUGGCAGCAGGGGCGAGAACCUCACGGGUAACGAGGCAGGGGAGGAGCAGGCAGAUCAGGAAACGGACAGUGGGGCGGCUACAGAGCACACGAGGGAAAAUAAGGGAGGUAGAGCAAGAGAGGAAGCGGAAGGACGAGCAUUGCAGCAGGUGGAGGGGAUGAGGUGCAUAGAGAGAGUGGCGUAUCCGUUGGGGCUGACAGGCAUGGGUGUGCUCACGCUCAUGCAUGUAUACAGAACAGCUCACCAAGCAUCCCGCCUGCACACAACUAAUGAGACGAGUCAAACCCCCGUCCCACCCCCUCCCCUUGCUACCACCGCACAGGUGUGCAGGGCGGCGCAUGAAGCAUCCUUGCUGGGCGCGGGCCAGCGGCAGCAGCAGCUAGCAGCCGCCACGACCACGCGGCGCCUGCUGCUCGCUCUCAUCCGUGACCUGCGCCCCCACAGCCCUCUCUGCCUCGCUGCCUCCUCCCUGCAUGCGCCCGGGAUUUGCGCGUUUCAGCGCAGGUGGUUGCUUGCGGGAGGAGGCGGGGUGUGUGAGGGGGAAGGGGGAGGUGGGGGCGUGUGGGAGGGGAGAGAGGGAAGAAGGGGGAGAGAGGGUUUAGAGUGGAGAGGGCGUGGAGUGGAGUAUGGUGAGAGGGGCAGCAGUGGUGGGGAUGUGUCUUGUGCACGGCUGGAGCAGGCAAGGGAGGGCGUGAGGACAUGCUCUGGGUGUAAGGCUGGUGUUGUUUCUGCUAGUGCCUGCUGCAGGGACGGUUGUGGUGGCAGGUGGUGCAGCAGAGAAUGUGGCGGUGCAAGGGACAACAGGCAGGACAGUGAGCCGUUGGUCUGCGCGCACCUCAUUGCAGGGCACUGCAUGCAACCCCGGUGCACGCAUACGCAUGGGAUGCAGCAGCACUCUCUCUCGCCGCCACUCAAUAGCUGCAACUUGCUGUUGGCACUCUUGUACGGUUUGAUGCUCGCCACCAUGCUCGCCACCAUGCUCGCCACCAUGCUCGCCACCAUGCUCGCCACCAUGCUCGUCACCAUGCUCGCCACCAUGCUCGCUACCAGGCUGGCCACCGAGGAUGCUGCUGCUGCUGCUAAUGCUAGCAGUACAGGUGCUGGCGCUGGUGGUGUGCGGUACAACGGAGCAGAGGAAGAGGAGGGUGACUGCAAUGAUGACGAUGAUGAUCUCACGUCGCUGGUUCUCCCUGGCUUGAACCUCUACUUUGAUGGCCACUCCCUCUGGCCGCUUGACAUCUCCUCGUGCCGCCAGGGAAGCGUGAUGUCGAGAGUGCUGCCACGGCAUCACACCACCACACGGCAAGCCGGCAGAUAG